AUACUCUUAAAAGACCUGCAAGUGCAAGCUCAACAAAAGGUUCAAACAAAGAAUCAAAGCUUCCCAAGAUACCAGUUUCAAGGUCAGGUGUUCAUUCGCUUCCUAAAUCUAGUAGGAGUAAUGUGGCCAGUACAAGCCUUGCAAAGCAUGAUCGGAUUGGUCAAACAGAUAUGGUUCAAAAGAGUGCUGGACUACAAUGCUCUUCUAAAAACACCAAAAGUUCCAGAAAUAAAGAAAAGGCAGGAUAACUCAGCUUUAGAAGUAUCUUCAUCAACUAAACCACGGCUUCCAGCAGUUAUGGAAGUUGAUUGCAGUUUAGAGGUGCUUCCAGCAUCAGGUCAAGCCAUUGUAUCACAUGCUCCUCCUGAUGGAUAUGGAAAAACGGGAAAUCUAAUCCCUCAAAAUACUCAUUGUGUUGCUGGGAACAUGCAAUAUACUCAAUUUCAAACAACAAAACCUUCAGGUUUGCGGAUGCCAUCACCAUCUCUGGGAUUCUUUAGUCAGCCUAAAUCUCGGGCUUCCAGUAGCUCAGUGCAGAAACCCAGUCAACCUAGUAAUAUUCCUGGGUCUUGUGGCCCUAACUUGCAGAGAGUUAAAGUUCCAAAUUACAAGCUUGACCCAAGGCUGCUGCAUGCCCGACAGAAGAUGCCAAAAAUAGACAAUAAUGCCACAGUUGAUGAAAAUGCUAGGAUCUCAGGCUUAAGUACAGAAUGCUCUGUCUCGUGUGAUAAUAGCCAUGCUUCACAUGAAAGUGGGAAACUGAAAUUGGAAGGAAAUAGUGUGAAGAAGGUGGAAUUAAUGUCUCAAUGCUAUCCUGUGAGUUCUAGAAUGAUGGAAGAGAAGCAAGAGGUGCAUAACGUUACUGAUGGUCAUAAAGUACUUCAAGAAUGUGGCGAACAUGAUACAGCAGAUCAGAGAUAUUCUGAGGGCUCAGACUCAGACUUUCAGAUGAAUGUUCAUAGGCUUAUGCAGAGUGGAUCCUCUGAUCAAUUUAAAGAUAGCACUAAUGACGCCACCAUUUCUCAUCCAAAAACUAUAGGUUCUAAAAUUACUGUAUUAGACAAUAGCAUCACAUCUCAGAUUAGCCAGAUAGUGUGUGUUGGAACUGUUGAUAUUACAAGGCAAAAGCUUCUCAAGGACAAGAAGUAUGAUUAUUCAGUGGCUUGUGAAGUCAUCUCUAAACCUCAUUCUAAAUAUGAUGCUGUUAGUAUUGGGCAUGGUUUGGCAAUAUUGCAUGACAGUUCAAUUAAUAUCGCUGAUAGACUAAAUUCUAGCAGUUUUCCAAGUGAAAGUGCAGAUCAAGUAAAUGAGGUUGCUGCUGGUGUAGAUCAGUUCACCGAUCAAUUACAUGUAGAAGACAUAAAAGUGAAUUCUUCUGAUGGAACUUUCUUAGUUAAGGAUAUUGAUAAUAUGAAUAAUACUUCAGAGGUUAAUAAUCAAUAUUUAGUAGUUGAAAAGAAUACAAAAUCUAGGGAUCAUCCAGAGCCUCAAAGUGAUUGUCUUCUAGUUGAACAGACAUCCAAGUUAAACAAUGGAUUUCUUUUGGAUCGAUUGCCUCUGGGAAGACAAUCUGCUGGUCUUGAGGUUUCUCUCAAUGUUAUUCCAGAAAAAGGUGAUGAUUAUGGGACUGAAAUAAAUUGUUCCAAGGUUCUUGUUACUCAAUUUGAAGGGGGAAUUCAAGAUUGUGGUGUUGAUGUGCAUGAAAUAGUUGUGCAGCCACGGAUGGAGGCAGCACUGUCCACUUCAGUACACAUGGUUCCUCCAGUUAAAAAUAAAAAAUGUAAUAUUGACACACAGUUCAGCUCUGGUCUGUUUUUGCAGGAGAGAAGCGAUCACACAGCAGGUGCAGUAACUACUUUCAGCUCUAUGGAAUAUUCUCUUUCAAGGAAAGAAGAGGAUAUGAGAGCCAAGGGGCUAAAGAAUAGAUUGUUGCCUGAUGAAUCCGGAACUGAAGUAUCUUCAGAGAGUCCUGAUGAGGAGAAUAACAGAACAAUGAUGAAUGGUGGUAUUUUAUUUGAGGAGAGGAGAUCACAUGAUAAGUUCUGCACUGGAGAUCCUGUGAAUGCUGUUGGUGUUAAUUUUAUAAAUCAAGGUUCUGCUGGAAUUAAACUGAAAAAUCAUCUACUUGAAAACAGUGAGCAAGUGAAUAAAGAAGAAGCUGGCACACAUAAGAUCCCAAAUGAUUUAUGUGUUGGAGAUGAAAAAGCACAAUCAUUAGAUGGAAAUUUAUUUGUUGGGAACAGCAAUAAUAGACUGAAUUCAGCAGUGGAUAAUCAGUUUAUAAUGGUUCCUGAUCUAAAUGGACAAUCAGGUGGACAGUCACAUAUUACUUCUCAUAGCAUUGUAGCUGACCACAACACCAAGGAUAACCAUGGUUUGCAUUUGAACAAUUGCAUAUCAUUUGGAAAGUGCCCUACCUCCGAAGAGUGCCAAGAAGAGAAGCUUCUUGCUAAUUUUCCAGUUGUUAAAGAAGAAAGUGAAUCAAAAAGUUCUCGUGUUGCAAUUCAGGUACCACUGACUGUGCAAGACAGUGGUGUUCAUGUGGAAAGUGCUUCUGAGCAUGGCCAUAUGGAGGGAGCACAUUCAGGUUCUGUAAACUCUGAUACUUUAGCUGAUCAUGGUAACUCUGCUGCUAAAAUUUUUGGUAAUGGUACAGUGGUCAGUUAUGAAGCUACCUCAUCACAUUCAGAUAUGCCUUCGAUGAUGAGGGAAGAUCAGACUUCUGGUGUUACCAUUUAUUACAAGGAAAUUUGUUUGAAUGAGGAAUCAGGUCCCUUGGUAAGAAUUCAGACAUCGGCCAAUGAAACUAAAAUAGUGGAGUUAGGAGUUGAUAAGGGUAGAAUGGUAGAUGAUAUUGAAGUGGAAAUUUCUCCCAAAAAUGUUAGUUGUACAGGUGAAUUGCCACACAAGCUGGAUAGUACUGUUUGUCUUACAGAAGAUGGUGAUAUGGCAGUGCCAAUCAAGAAAUUGGAGGAUGAUGGGAAGCGAAGUAAUCUAAUAAUACCCGUGAAUGCAGUUCCUUUCUCUGAUGAAUGGUUAGCUGCCAUGGAAGCAGCUGGAGAGGAAAUUCUAGCAAUGAAAAGGGGUGCUGUACAAAAUUCCCCAACAGACAAAUCUGUUCAACCCGAACCAGGUCCAUGGUCACCGGUAAAACGGAAGCAGAAUCAGAUUGGGCCAUUUGACUGUACAAAGUUCACCAACUUUCCACCUCCCAUCUUGGAUUAACUAAAUUUCUUUGCACUAUUGUGACGGCCCUAACCAUUUUUAGUCCGAAUGACAGGUUUACUCGUAAACUUUUUGGCAAUUGUAAUUAUUGCUCUCCAGAAAAUCAGAAGCAAGGUUUAUGCCAAUUCUUUUUAGGUUCUCUUAGGGUGAUGAGCUGAGGUUAUGCUCUAUAUGUUUAGAUGCACUAACUUUCCUGGCUUAAUAAUAGGUUAGCAAAUCUCUGUAGAGCCCCUCUAGAGAAACCAUCAGGAAGCAAAGCACGUUGUAUCUCUUCUUCUACUAGUUAUGCACCGUUGUAACAUUACAAAUGACUAAUAUUUUUUUACAAGUCCUGCAAUUCUCUAUGUUGCUUUAAGAAGGGAUGUAGAUGUGGUUGCUUAGAAAUCGGUGGUUUAGAAA